AUAGUCCUCCAACCAAAGAAUUGAAGAAUAUUCUUUCUCUCUCUCAAAAACGGAUUGUUUUCUCUUUCUCUCACCUCUCCUGUAGAUAGAUAAGGCAGGAAAGGGAAGAGAGAAGAAGAAGAAGAAGAAGAAGAAGGACGCUUAUUGCUUCUUAACGAUUACAUAAAAGAUGGGAAAAGACGGUGAGACCAAUGUUGUGAACAAAUCAUUGGAUUCACCAAACAAGUUUCCGUUGAGUUUUUUUGAAGCAACGGUGGCUUCAACGGUGGCUUUGGGCUUUAUAUUGGGCCUUCUCGGUGUUUACCUAACCAUGCCUGAUUCCGAUUACAGCUUCCUCAAACUCCCUCGUACGCUUCAGGAUCUUCAACUCCUUAGAGAUAACCUUGAGAGCUAUACAAGUGACUACACUGCACAAGUCUUGGUGGGAUACUGUGUGGUUUAUAUUUUCAUGCAGACUUUCAUGAUUCCAGGAACUGUGUUCAUGUCAUUGCUUGCGGGUGCACUCUUUGGAGUCUUUAAAGGUGUGGCUCUGGUUGUAUUCACUGCCACAGCGGGAGCUUCUUCGUGUUUUUUCCUGUCAAAAGUGAUCGGGCGACCUCUUCUCUUCUCUCUCUGGCCAGACAAGUUGAAGUUCUUCCAAACCCAGGUGGCUAAAAGAAGAAAGGGUUUGUUGAACUACAUGCUGUUUUUGAGACUGACUCCGACUCUUCCGAACACAUUUAUUAAUUUUGCGUCACCAAUUGUGGAUGUUCCCUAUCACAUUUUCUUUCUGGGAACUGUCAUUGGACUCAUACCUGCUGCUUUUGUCACUGUCAAGGCUGGUUUAGCUCUUGGAGAACUACAAUCUGUGGGAGAUCUCUAUGAUUUCAACUCAAUCGCUACGUUAUUCUUCAUAGGUAUUGUUUCGGUUGCACCAACACUAAUCGGCAAAAGUGAUUCAUAACAGUUCAGAAGCCAUGAAUCACUUUUAUGGGAAGGCCUCGUUCUCUUGACAGGCCAAUACCAACUGCAGUAUAUGUACAGAUCUUCAGAUAACUAUCGCAGUGUGGUUCUCCGCAAAUGGUUUUAUUGCCGAGUGCUGCAGUAAUUCAAGACAAUCAUAUUAUUGACGCCGGUUGCAAGAUACGAUGUUUGGAAGAAUCAGUUAUGCACAUUGUUCGUAAGCUGUUAUGUAUAAAAAACAUACGCUUAUUGACUAGUAGUUUCUUUUAUCGCGUGUUUUCCAUGCACAAUAAUGUAGUUGAAAAUGUUUUGCUGAUCUUUCCUAUCUUUAAGGAUACAUAUCAGUUAUACCUCAAUUUUCAUUGUACAUAUGUCUGCUUCCUGGGUGCUUUGUAUCAAAAGAAAAAGUAAGUGAAGACUUUCAAGAAAAGUAAUGGUAGGUUAAAGAAA